GGGUGCUUGUGAUUUUCAAGAAGAAAAUGUAAAAAAAGAGAUGGGCCGGUAUUGCUUUGUGGAAAAGUGCCAAACAUCAAAAUACAAGCGCCAAGAUAAGGAAAAUGACACUACUUUACAUCUUUUCGGGUUUCCCAGUAAUCCAAUUCUGAGAGAGAAGUGGAUUGAGGCAAUAGCCACUCAGAACAGACAAGAAAGUGCUCGAAAUUUACCAAAAUAUAGCCGUAUCUGCGAACUGCAUUUCACAAACGAUUGCCUAGAAAGGAUUGGUUAUUCGCAGGUUCGGUUGAAAUCAAAUGCAGUGCCGACUAUUUUUCCACGUGCCCAAAACCACAGUAUGAUGCAGUUACUACCAGCUUUAAAUGUUGAUGACGAGUUUUCAAAUGCAAAUAUCACUGAUGAUCAUUGCAUUCCACAAUCGAUAAAGCGUCUCAAAAUUGAAAAAUUAACUACAGCAGUAAAAGAUUCAAAUAGUGAAUCAUCAAACGCGCAUGUGAUUGCUGAUCAAUGGAUUCCAGUCAAUAAAACAUCAAUGAAUCCAGAGUUUGAAAAUAACUCACAACGGACGAGUUUGAUUACUGAAAAUAAAGCAGAUACGUCCCUACCAUCUAAUAUACUGAACACUCCGAGAAAGAUUUACAGAUACCCUGGAGAUAUUAAAGAUGAACUUGUGGAACAAAUGAGCCCAACCACAAAAAGUAAUUGCAUUCGAUUACUCAAGUCUGCUUGCAAAGCAAAAGAUAAAACUAUACAAAAACUGAAAGUUAAUGAAUUUCGUCAUAAAAGGAAAAUAUCAAGUUUAGAAAAGCUAUUACGUGAACUGCAAAAAAAAUUUGAUCUCUCGGAGAAUGCUUUUGAAAUUAUACAGGUAAAAUGAUAAAAUAUGUGAAAA